AUGGUGGUGGGGAAGUCAGAGGCCGCCAGGUCUGCUACCUCCUACUUCCGUACAGCCAGGCCAUUGCCUUCGCUGGUCACGGCUCUGGGACUGGGAUACUUCACGUGGGCUGUCUUCUGGCCUGAGAGUAUCCCCUAUCAGAGCCUCGGUCCCCUGGGUCCCUUCACUCAGUAUUUGGUGGACCACCAUCAGACCCUCAUGCGCAAUGGGUAUUGGCUUGCCUGGCUGAUUCAUGUGGGGGAGUCCUUGUAUGCCAUGGUGUUAUGCAAGUCUAAAGGCAUCACAAAUGGUCGAGCGCGGCUGCUCUGGUUCACACAGACUUUCCUCUUUGGAAUAGCCUCUCUCUCAAUCUUGAUUGCUUACAAACCAAAGCGCCAAAAGCAAUCUUAA